UGCAAGCGUCGUCAGGCAGGCCGGGUCAAUAUCAGUCGGGCAGGUAGGUACAGGGGGUCAGGCAGAGAAUGGUCAGGGUCACAAGCCAGGGAUCAAACAGGAGAAGUCAGCAGAGGUCAGGAUCAGGCAGGGUCGGCAACAAGUCAGGCAGAAACAGGAACAGGAAUGCAGGUUACAAGAUACAGGGGCUUAUGGAAAAACACACACCAAGGCACAGACUACAGGUCUGGCCAUCCCUUAAAUACACCACCUGCAAUCAGCCCCAGGUGAUGGCUAAUUGCCGAAGUGAACCUCUGGUUGUUGAGAGCACCCACUGGCCAGCCCUGGUACUGCAGCCCACAAGGCAGGUGAGUCCCACCACUAUUGGCAAGUCCGUUCCUGACAACCCAAUUUUUGUUGAAAGC